AAUAAGGUGUGCACGCGGGGCCGGCGGCCAGAGGGGCGCGCGGCUUGGUGGGAAGCAGUUGUACGCGAGGCGAUGGCUUCGCUCAAUUGCAGCACGGUGGUUUGCGUAAUCUGCUUGGAGAAGCCAAAAUACCGCUGCCCGGCCUGCCGCGUGCCCUACUGCUCAGUGACCUGCUUCCGGAAGCACAAAGAGCAGUGCAACCCUGAAACUCGUCCUGUAGAGAGAAGAAUAAGAUCAGCUGUUCCUGCAAAAACUGUUAAGCCUGUGGAAAACAAAGAUGAUGAUUCCUCUGUAGCCGAUUUUCUCAAUAGUGAUGAGGAAGAGGACAGAGUUUCUUUGCAGAAUUUAAAGAAUUUAGAGGAAUCUACGGCAUUGAGAAGCUUAUUGCUCAAUCCGCAUCUCAGACAAUUGAUGAUCAGCCUUGAUCAGGGGGAUGACAAAGCCCAGCUUAUGAGAGCCUACAUGCAAGAGCCCUUGUUUGUGGAGUUUGCAGACUGCUGUUUGGGAAUUGUCGAACCAUCCCAGAAUGAAGAUUCUUAAGAUGGACUAUUGUGCUGCUUACUCAAGCCUGAGGAGUUUGCCCACUCCUCCUCCCAGGAGACCAGCUGGUGUGGCAGGCCCUAAGAGAGGUGAUUUCCAGGAUGCAUGCAUACUGGCUGAUGUAAUGCAGAACUCUCCCCUCCAUCAAGGUAGGCUCACAUUUCAGGCCCAUAUCACCUUCAUUGGGUGACUUGUCCUCAAGGUGACAAAUCCUUUAUGGAGAGAAAACUUGACAUUCAAAUGGUUGUUUUUAAAUAUUUUAUUCUUGGUACAGUUAUGAUAGAUAUCAUAAAUGAUGCCAAGUUUUACACCCAUGUAAGUUAAAAGCUUGAUCAGUGUUACUAAAUAAAAUCAAGAUGUGAUGA